CUUUUCUCAGGGGAGCGGUGAGGCCCUCCCCCUCACACACUUCCCAUCCGUCCGCGCGUGCCCCCGCCUUCUCGGUGAGCCUGUUUGGCGGGAAGUUGGCUUAGUCGGCCUACCUGUGGCUGAGCGGUUGUCCUCGUCCCCGCCUUGUUCUCCCCAGAGGCUUCUUAAUUCUUCCUCGGCAUAGGGCAUAGUACCCCUUCGCACGGAGGACGCCAUGGCUCCCAGGAAACGCCCAGAAACCCAGAAGACCCCUGAGGUGGUCGUGCGCCCCAGGAGCAAGAGGAACAGAAACCCACGGGAGCUGGAGCCCGAGGCCAAGAAGCUCUGUGUGAAGGGCCCCGAAGAAAGAAUGGGUUGUCCAGAGGCAGGAUUUAUAGAGAACAGGUCCUCAAAUACAGGUUCUAGCAGAAGAUUUGACUCAGGCUGCCUUUGGGCGGGGUUGAGUAGCCUGCGGGUCCCGCCGCUAUGCAGCAGCAUCGUCAGGGCCCUCCACCAGCAUAAGCUGGGCACAGCUGCCUGGCCAUCACUGCAGCAGGGUCUCCAGCAGUCCUUUUUGAACUCUCUGGCUUCUUACCGGAUAUUCCAAAAGGCUGCCCCUUUUGACAGGAGGGCCACAUCCCUGGCGUGGCACCCAACUCACCCCAGCACCCUGGCUGUGGGCUCCAAAGGGGGAGAUAUCUUGCUCUGGAACUUUGGCAUAAAGGACAAACCUACCUUCAUUAAAGGGAUUGGAGCUGGAGGGAGCAUCACGGGGCUGAAGUUUAACCCUCUCAAUACCAACCAGUUUUUCACCUCCUCAAUGGAGGGAACAACUAGGCUGCAAGACUUUAAAGGCAACACUCUCCGAGUUUUUGCCAGCUCAGACACCUGCAACGUCUGGUUUUGCAGCCUGGAUAUAUCUGUCAAAAGCCGACUGGUGGUCACGGGAGACAAUGUGGGGCACGUGAUCCUGCUGAACAUGGACGGCAGGGAGCUUUGGAAUCUGAGAAUGCACAAAAAGAAGGUGACCCAUGUGGCCCUGAACCCGUGCUGUGACUGGCUCCUGGCCACAGCCUCCGUAGAUCAAACGGUGAAAAUCUGGGAUCUGCGCCAGGUUAGAGGGAAAUCCAGCUUCCUCCACUCGCUGCCGCACAGGCAUCCUGUCAACGCAGCUCAUUUCAGUCCCGAUGGAGCCCAGCUCCUGACCACUGACCAGAAGAGUGAGAUCCGGGUUUACUCUGCUUGCCGGUGGGACUGCCCGCCAAGCCUGAUCCCUCACCCUCACCGCCACUUCCAGCACCUGACGCCCAUCAAGGCAAGCUGGCAUCCUCGGUACAACCUCAUUGUCGUGGGCCGAUACCCAGAUCCUAAUUUCAAAAGUUGUUCCCCCCAUGAAUUAAGGACGAUCGAUGUGUUUGAUGGAAGCUCAGGAAAGAUCAUGUAUCAGCUGUAUGACCCAGAAUCUUCUGGUAUCAUGUCGCUCAAUGAAUUCAAUCCCAUGGGGGACACGCUGGCCUCCGUGAUGGGUUAUCACAUUCUCGUUUGGAGCCUGGAGGAUGCUGGGACUCAGAAAUGAGAGAUGUUAAUGAAGCGGGGGCCAGGCAGGGGCUUGGAGCCCCACGAGAACAAGUUCUUUGAGAAGAGGCGGCUUCGUAUUAAAGGGCCGAGGUAUCCGAGUCUUCGAGUUGGAGCUGGGGCGCUGGGACCGCGAUUCGGGGACUGGACACGGGCUUGGACUGAGACCAGAAACUCCAGAGUUGGCAAUCUCGCCGCCCCAAGGGUCUCUGCUGUAUCUAGCCUGGAGCCGAGCUUCUCUUCUUUCUCCUCUCUGACAUGCAGUGGCAGAGGGUCAGGCAGUGGUUUUCAAUUUGUGCUCACUAUUCACAUGGCCAAUAAAACCAUACCCAACU